AUGGGCCUUCGCACAGCUUUAGAUAAUAGUUCUGACCUCGAACCAGAAUUUUUUCGUUUUGCUGCAAAGGACGAGAACAGGAACAACGACAAGAACAAGAUAAGAUAAGGAGCCUAAAACAUUAAUGAAAACACUUGGAGUUUUGAUCAAAUUUGAACCAGACUGUGCCAAGGUGUGGUUGUGAAACUAUCAAAGAAACAAACCAACCCAGAUUCACCAAGUUAUUGGGAAAGGAUAUAUUGCGUUGGCGAUUCUCAGUUUACAAACCAAUUCGCAAAAGUGAUUAGUUCUGUCAUCGAAAACUGAAACGAAUACGUUAUUGUCGCGUCGAAUUCAAAACACUUUUUACUUAUUCCUUGGUGCAGCACCGUAAAGAACAGUACCAAUUUCGAGGAUUUUAUCACUGUGUUGAAAAUUUUUACUGACCGAGUCAUAGAGGAACGGUAAGAACAGAUGCACCGAAGUGAUUUAUAGGGUGCGAACGCCAAUUUUGAUAAUAACCAUCCAUCGUUGCAGCUCUGUAACAAAUAUACUGAUACACUGUCUCCGAAGAAAGUUUAGUUUCUUCUGCUGACCAAAGGAUAAAUUUUGGAAUAAAGUUUAAUUGAAGGCAGCCAGCUGAUUAGGGAGCCUGCACAGCUUGAAGCAGACAGUCCAGACAAAUCAAAAAAGAUAGUUGGGAAAAGGAUUUCAAAAAGGCUUCGUGUUAUUUCUCUUCUUGAGUUUGGCGCUCCCAGAGAAUUCGCACAGGACAUCUAUUUUCACUGAUUCGAUCAUGUCACGUAAACAUCUAUUUACUGAACUCGGGUGGACAAGUCCAUCCAGAGGAAUGUGUUCUUAUCAGAACUUGUUACAGCUUUCUCUUAUAUCAUGGACUAUUGCCCUGGCAAGUCCAUCAGGCGUUCUGCAUAUCUUCCCCAGUCAACAUGGUGCUAUUGGUCAAGAACGGGUCACGUGGAGCGUCACUCUCACAGCAGACGAUGUUCCAACUUCAAAAUGUCACGUGACGUCAUUGCAGGAGCCUUGCCACUUGAUAUUUGCCAAAUCUGAAAGAAAGGAAAUAAAACUAAACUUCGAUCGCAAAGUUUCAAGGAAUGUGGACUCCUCGACACUUUCUGGUACAGAGUUGUCCCUUUCAAAUCUUGAAGCAAAUAAAGUUUGCGUUGGAAAAGACUGCAUGACUUUCCAAUUAAAUGUGACGUGCGCAACUGACCAUUACGGACCAUUUUGUGAAUCGCGCUGCACAUUGGAAUCGUGGGAAAAGUGGUACGUCUGCGAUGAGAACACUGGAAUAAAGAAAUGCAUCCCGGGAAGGACGGGAUAUGGAUGCACGCAUCUAGUUUUCCUGUCCGAAGCAAGCGCCAUGUCGUUCCUCGCACCCCAGGUACACCCCGACAACAAAGCACUUGUCCGAAAGAAACGAUGGAAUACAUGGUUGGAGGAAGCCCUCCCUGGCAACAUGGAGCAGGAGUGUGUAGAGGAGUGGUGUAACUGGGAAGAAGCAAGGGAAAUAUUUGAGCAGCCCGAGCGAACCAAUGAAUACUGGAAGCGAAGAAAUGAUCCGAACGAUUGCGACAACAAUCCUUGUUCCUCCCCGGGGACGUCCCGGUGUGAGGAUCUGUACCAAGACUUCCGCUGCCACUGCAAGACGGGUUACACUGGACGGAGUUGUAACCAGGACGUCAAUGAUUGUCAGAAUAACUGCAAGAAUGGUGCCACAUGUUCGGAUCUAUUAAAUGACUAUCAUUGCCACUGCCAGCCUGGAUUCCGCGGCCGGAACUGCCAAGAAAACAUUGAUGACUGCGCAGCAGGACCUUGCAGAAAUGGCGGCACUUGUGUCGAUGGUGUCAAUACAUAUACCUGUCGGUGUAGACAGGGCUUUACAGGUUCUCAGUGUCAACAGGACAUAGACGAGUGCAGCUCUUCGCCGUGUCGAAGUGGCUCGACUUGCUUGAAUGAAGCUGGGCGAUACUCCUGCCAGUGUGCACCUGGUUGGUCGGGCAACCGGUGCGAAAAUAACAUUGACGAUUGCGCCCCUGGACCCUGUCAGCAUGGGGGCGUAUGCUCUGAUCGAAUUAACGGCUACAGUUGCGCCUGUAAGCCUGGAUACACUGGUAACCAAUGCCAGACUGAUGUCAACGAGUGUGCCAGCAAUCCGUGUCAGAAUGGAGGGAAAUGUGCUGACAAAGUCAAUGGAUUUACAUGCUCCUGCGCAGUGGGAUAUGACGGGGUACUCUGCCAGAACAACAUAGAUGACUGCUCACCAAACCCUUGUCAAAAUAGCGCCCUUGGGUGUGACGACAAGGUAGACGACUUCCACUGUCGCUGCAGCUCGGGGUGGGCGGGGAAGGCAUGUGCAGACAACGUGGACGAGUGUGCCAGUAACCCGUGCCAGAAUGGGGGAAGGUGUCAUGACCAAGUCGAUGGUUUCAGGUGUGAUUGUCAAGCAGGCUUUUCGGGUGCUAUGUGCGAGGUGGAUAUCGAUGAAUGCGCUGGUAACCCAUGUCAUGGAAGCAAUGCUUUACUCUGUGAGGAUAAGAUCAACAGUUUCCAAUGCGUUUGCAAAACAGGUUUUACCGGAACGACAUGUGCUGUAAACAUCGACGAUUGCAACCCCGCCCCAUGCCAAAACGGCGCCACUUGUAAAGAUCUUGUGGAUGACUACAGCUGCAUGUGUUUGCCAGGAUACGAGGGGAAAAACUGCUCCAAAGAAAUUGACGAAUGUCUGUCGUCUCCUUGUAAAAAUGGUGCCACGUGUGCGGAUAAGUUAAAUGAUUUUUCAUGUCGCUGCCUCGCGGGGUUUUCCGACAAGACUUGCUCGAGUGACAUUGAUGAGUGUGGCAGUAGUCCUUGCAGAAACAAUGGUACUUGCAUCGACAAAGUCAAUGGAUACUCGUGCUCCUGCAAGCGUGGCUUCACGGGCCCUCAGUGCGAGAUCAACAUCGAAGACUGUCAGGCGACGUCCUGUAAGCACGGUGGAACUUGCCAAGAUUUGGUCGACGAUUUCAAAUGUUCCUGCAUCCCCGGAUACGAUGGUGAGACUUGUGAGCACGACAUCGAUGACUGUGCCAAUUCCCCGUGCCUUCAUCAGGGCAAGUGCUCAGACUUGGUGAACGACUUCAAAUGUGACUGCAAGCCCGGUUACCGAGGAGAACGUUGUGAGAUCGACAUUGACGAAUGUGCCAGUUCUCCAUGUAAAAACAAUGGCACGUGCCGAGACAAACCGAAUGGUUUCACCUGUUACUGCGUCCCUGGUUAUGUUGGACCAGAAUGCAGCGUAAACUACGACGAAUGCAGCUCAAUUCCGUGCAAAAAUGGCGCCACCUGUCGGGACCUGUUGAAUGCUUUUGCUUGUGACUGUGACCUUGGAUUUGAAGGUCAGCUGUGCGAGGUCAACUUUGACGACUGUGCUGGGGAUCCUUGUGGGCCCAAUGGUGCAUGUGCUGAUGGAGUGAAUGGCUUCAGCUGUAAUUGUUCCCUGGGUUACGAGGGCGCAACCUGCGACAAAGAAAUCAACGAGUGUCUCACUGCGCCCUGCCAAAACAACGGAACGUGCGUCGACCUCCUAAACAACUACCGCUGCGAAUGCGUCCUUGGCUUCGACGGGGGAAACUGCCAAAACAACAUCGAUGACUGCACCCCUGAUCCUUGCGUGAACGGCGGGACCUGCCAAGAUGUUGUUGACGACUUCUAUUGCCUAUGUCCCUCUGGACUCACUGGGAAGACCUGCUCGAACAAUCCGGAUGACUGUGACCCGAUGCCCUGCCGAAACAACGCGACAUGCAAAGAUUUGGUUAAUGAUUAUACCUGCACGUGUCACCUUGGAUUCUCUGGGAAGGACUGUGAGACCAACGUCAAUGAGUGUGGGAGCAAUCCUUGUCAGCACGGUGGCACCUGCCUGGAUAGGGUUAAUAGAUUUGAAUGUAUCUGCAAGGCAGGUUACACUGGUCCGCUGUGUGCACAGGACAUCAACGAAUGUUCUUUGAAUCCGUGUAGAAACGGAGGUAACUGUACAGACCGUGUAGCGGACUACAACUGCACCUGCAGCCCAGGUUGGCAAGGAAAGAACUGCCAUUUGAACAUAAACGAAUGCCACUCUCGUCCCUGUUUGAAUAAUGGAACAUGUACUGACUUAAUCAAUGAUUUUAGGUGUGACUGUGGUCCCGGGUUUACCGGCAAGAGAUGCCAGACCAACAUCAACGAGUGUUCCAGUAACCCUUGCAUCCAUGGCACCUGCAAAGAUGCAGUUAACGGAUACUCAUGCGCAUGUCUGGACGGAUAUGACGGAGUUCACUGUGAGAAUGACAUUAACGACUGUGGAGGGGCCCCUUGUAAGAACGACGCGACAUGCGUUGACCAGUUGUCCGAUUACACAUGUGUCUGUAGCCAAGGUUAUGAGGGCAAAAAUUGUACGCUCGAUCGCGACGAAUGUGCUUCCGAACCUUGUCACCACAACGGCAAUUGCACUGACCGUCUCAAUGAUUUUGAGUGUAGUUGUCCUCCUGGGUACGGGGGCAAGACAUGCAGAGAGGACAUUGACGAGUGUGUGUCAUCCCCGUGUCAGAAUGGCGGCAAAUGUCUGGACUCUCUCAACGGUUACAGGUGCACAUGCAGGACUGGUUUUAACGGAACUCACUGUGAACGCAACAUAGAUGACUGCACGCCGAACCCUUGUAAAAAUGGAGCCAAAUGCGAGGAUGCCGUGAACGAUUACAACUGCCUUUGCUUGCCCGGCUUCACCGGUAAAGACUGUGGGGUGAACAUCGACGAAUGCUUGCCAGGGCCGUGCAAGAAUGACGGGGUGUGUAAGGAUCAGAUUAAUGAUUUUAGCUGCGACUGCAGUAACGGCUACACCGGUAAAACUUGCAGUGAUAUCGUAGAUUAUUGUACCAGUAACCCGUGCAAGAACAGCGUAACGUGCGUGCCCAAGUUAAAUGCAUACUCGUGUGUCUGCACUCUUGGAUUUAAUGGUACCCUAUGCGAGAAUAACAUUGAUGACUGUGCCAGCGCCCCCUGCCUCAAUAACGCCACUUGCCAAGAUGCCAUCAAUGACUUUCAAUGCCUCUGCCUACCUGGGUUCCAGGACAAGCGGUGUCAGACCAAUAUUGAUGAGUGCGAGGGGGCCCCCUGUGUUCAUGGGUCGUGCCAGGACCAGGUCAAUGAUUAUCAUUGUCACUGCAAACCAGGUUACUCUGGAAAGAACUGUAGUGUGAACAUAAAUGAGUGUUCAAGUGGGCCAUGCCAAAACGGUGGCCAGUGUUUAGACAGCGUGAAUGGAUACAAAUGCGAAUGUCAGAAGGGAUUCACCGGAACUCACUGCGAACAAAAUAUCGACGACUGUAACCCAGACCCCUGUCUGAACGGGGCAACCUGCUCGGACCUCGUCAAUGACUUCAGAUGCGCUUGCCCGCAAGGCUUCAGUGGAAAAACAUGCCGCACGCUUGAAGACCACUGUCUGGUGCUGAAACCUUGCAGAGCGAAUGGACAAUGCCACAGCACGCUGACGGGAUACCGCUGUGAAUGCGUUGAAGGUUUGACUGGUCUGAACUGUGAGACGAACAUUGAUGAUUGUGCAGCGAACCCCUGCCAGAAUAACGGCACGUGUACAGACCUGGUUGCCGCAUAUGCCUGCAAGUGUAACGCCAAUUACACUGGCGUACACUGUGAACGAGAAGUAGACCACUGCCUGUCUGCACCUCCUAACGUCUGCGGCAAACACGGUGACUGCGUCAGCGUCAAGGGGGGUUACAAGUGUUCGUGUCAUCAAGGGCACGGAGGCCCACUUUGUGACAAAGUGAUUCUCAUUCCGUGUCCAUACGGCGGGAAGACGUACAAUCCAUACGAGCAGUGGGCAGACGAUUGUAAUGACUGUGUUUGUCUAAAUGGUCAGGCGGAAUGCUCUAAGAUGUGGUGUGGCUAUGUCAAAUGCGAUAUAUCAGCCAUCAAAAAAUGGACAUCCGGCGUCAAAAAAUUUGAUAAGCUCUGCACGGAGGAGGACUUCUCCUGCUUCCCGUUGGACGGCAUGGACUGUCUGACAAAGACCUGCGAUCUUAACUACGGACUUUGCAGGCCAAAUAAAGACCCCACUUGUAACCCAUUCAGUGGCCCCAACACCAUUGACUGUGCCAGGCUAAUAGUCAAGUUGGAUCCAGCGAAAAUGGAGAUGAAGGGAAUAACAAUCGAUGUAUUUUGCGGCCACCUGCGAGCCCUAAAGGUAGUGAAACAGUAUGCAAAUGACACCUACCUCGCCCUCAGGUGUGAGGUUGAUAAGAUGAAGACGUCUAACGAUCACAUAACCCUUGCUCUCUCGAUGGAAAGUGAGAAGAAUACAGGCUUCGGUCUCAUAGCGAUGGCAGUUCUUUCAGACUACUUGAAGGCACUGGCCAAGAAUGAUACCUCCGAUCUACUUGCUGGCAUAGUGGAGAGUGGAUUCCAGGCCUCGACACAGGGAAAGCAAAUUCAGACGUAUCUCUACCCCGUCAUCUCCGUUUGUGGAGCGAUAGUGGUCAUAUUUAUCGUGGUUGGGAUAAUGAGCUACCGUCAGAGGCGCGCCUUGAAGCGGCAGCGGGAUCGAUUGGAUGCACCAAGACAGCGCCUUGCCUCACGGAUGCGGUCCCUGAGUUGGCAGAGCGAGAACACGCCCGAGGGAGCAUUCGAAAAUCCUAUGUUCGGGAACUUGGAUGAAGACCCGGGAAUAUCCUAUUUGGAUGAUAGUUUCGCGGGGCUGCAGAAGGAGUCCGACACUGACGACUUCCGGCGGAUUUCCUUUACAGAGAGCAGUGCUUAUGUUACGGGGCUUGCGCAGAGCUUGAAGCUUGGUGACCCCCUUGAUAUUGAGGCUGAGGGGGAUGGUUUCAACAAGGCUGUUGACCAAGAACGCAAUCCCGGUGAUGGCAAGGAACUUGUGGUAAAUGAAAUCCCUGAAGCCAAUUGCUGAGAGUUAACUUUUGGUUCUUCUCCUUCAGUAUAUUCUAUCAUGGACCGUGUAUAUAGGAGGUUUUAUUGGAUAGAAGUCUGCCCUUGAGAAUGUUAGUCAGAUUAUUGGCGUAAGAUAUCGAAGGCAACAUGAUAAUUGGCCUUGUGACACCUCCCUAACUACAAAAUUGGGUGCGGGGAGAGGGCUUCCAUCAGUCAUUCAUGCCACAGUUAUUAUGGCUUGGUUAAAAUAAACGCCUAUCAGCCUUGAGAUGGUGCUCAUUAAGAAUGUGCUAUAUUUAUAAAAAUUAUCUGUAUAUUUGUAUCCCAAAAAUACGAUUUUAUGUAUAUCCCAAGGUGUAUAUCCUAUAUCUUUUUAAAUGUGGGUUCUGAACAAAUUUAUUUGACAAGACUGUAUACGAAUGCAUUUGGCGGAGUGGAGGGUAUCUGCACUAUACUGAUACCCAGGGAUUUGAUUGUAUAUAUAUUACGCAAACAGGUUUGGGCGGAAUUUAAAAAUAAAGAUGGCGGCUUUAAUUCCAGAGCUGAUGUAUA